AUUUAUUCAGCUCUACGGGGAAUAGUUUAAUCGAACUUAACUUAUUGUGAACGGGUCGAUACAACUUUUAGUAAACAAUAUGAAUUCCUUGGCUCGACUUGGGAGCUACGUUUGCCAAAGUGUGCAAAUAGCUGGAUGUGGCUUGCAGCAAGUGCGCACAAAAUACGCCGAUUGGCGCAUGAUUCGGGAUGUGAAGCGGCGUAAAUGUGUUACCGAGCAUGCCAAGGAGCGUUUGCGAGUGAAUUCACUACGCAAAAAUGAUAUUCUCCCGGUUGAACUGCGCGAGGUGGCCGACGCUCAGAUUGCCGCAUUCCCUAGGGACUCGUCGCUGGUGCGAGUGAGAGAGCGUUGCGCACUUACGUCACGAUCUCGCGGCGUUGUCCACAAAUAUCGGCUGAGCAGAAUAGUAUGGCGUCACUUGGCGGAUUACAAUAAGCUGUCGGGUGUUCAGCGUGCCAUGUGGUAGAUUUUUAGCCCCGCUUUCAUUUAUAAUUCUUUAAAACCUAUUAAAAUAAAUGUAAAUUGAAAUCA